AUGCUAAGCUCCCCCCUCCAGCUCUGCUCUCCCGCCGAUUCCAGCCCGAGUCACCGUGCCUUUCUCUCGGGCCCCUCUCCUCCCACGCACGCCCUCGCGUUCGUGCCGGCGAGACUCGUGUCUCUCUCCAUCUCGCCGUGCUCGUCUCUCGCUGCCGCUGCUUCUCUGGCGACGGUUCCCAUGCUUCUCCCCUUCCUUGCUGCCGACGAUCUCCGGGCGAGCGCCUGUCUCCGCCGCCUUCUCUUCCCCGCUGCUGCCGGGCGAGAGGCGAGCGGAACCCGCUGCUCACCCUCCUUUCCCAUUGCGCUUGCGGGCCUGACGUCCGUGCCUCCCCGCCGCGCCCUUCUUGCCGCUGGCCGCGCCUCUCUGAUGAGCUGGGCCCCUCCUCGCGUCCUUCUUCCCGCCGCCAGUGGUGGCUGGCUGCGCGUGGCUCGCCCUCCCAUCCUCCCUUAUGCAUCAGCUGCCUGUCCGGCGAUCGUUCGCCGUCUUCGCCCCGGCCCCCUUGAGCCUGGCGCCAGUCGAAGUGCGCGGGGGUCAACAGAAGGCCGCUCCCGGCGCCGCGAUCCUUCCCCUGACGCGCGCGGUCCCUCUUCCUCCCUUUUGCCGCGUUCUCCUUGCGUCCCCACAGCGCCGGCAUGCACGCCCCACCGCGGGUUCCUCGCCGUCAUCUUCUCCGUCGGCGUCUUCGACCGCCCGUUCCAGGUUCGCUGCGUCCUCCUCUGCCUCUUCCUCUUCUGCGGCCUCCCCUAG